CGGGAUGUCGCCACUUUCUGCAGGCAGUUCGCUGUGGUAUCGUCGCAAAGUGUUCAUGGCGUUGCCUCUGGGAUGCUCAUUCUUCCAACGCACAAACACCUCUUCUCCCAGGUUCACUACCUAGCAACUCAUCAAGAUGAAGUUCACUGCUGCAAUUGCUACUGCCAUCCUCGCCAGCGUUGCUGUCGCGGCUCCCGAGCGUGGCCUCGAGGCUCGCCUCAGGGCCCGUGGUACCGGCAAGGGAUCCCGACCCCUCCAGGCAGUCGCCAGGCCUGCCUCGACCAAGAACCAGACCAACGUCGAGUACAGCUCCAACUGGUCCGGUGCAGUGCUGGUGGAACCUCCUUCUGCCGCGGCUACCUACACCGCGGUGACCGGCACCUUCACUGUCCCUGAGCCCACUGGCAACUCUGGAGGCAGCCAGGCUGCAUCUGCUUGGGUUGGUAUCGACGGAGAUACCUAUGGAAACGCCAUCCUCCAAACUGGUGUUGACUUCACCGUGACCGACGGAGAGGCCUCAUUCGAUGCCUGGUAUGAGUGGUACCCGGACUAUGCCUACGACUUCAGCGGCAUCGACAUCUCUGCCGGUGAUGAGAUUGUUGCCAUUGUCGAGUCCUACACCUCGACCACCGGCAUUGCUAUCAUUGAGAACAAGAGCACCGGCCAGAAGGUCACCAAGGAGCUGUCCUCCAGCUCCAGCCUUGGAGGACAGAACGCAGAGUGGAUUGUGGAAGACUUCGAGGAAAAUGGUUCGCUCGUCGACCUGGUGGACUUUGGCACUGUCACCUUCACCGGUGCUGUGGCCAAGGCUGCGGGAGGUCAGAGCGUUGGCCUUACGGAUGCUACCAUCAUCGAGAUCGAGGAGAACGGCCAGGUGGUCACUGAUGUUACCAUCGACAGCGACUCCGAGGUGACCAUUACCUACGAGUAAGCGUGCCCACGAGGCCUGUCACUGUAACUGGAACAGUGGCAGAAACGUUGAUCAGCUCAAUUUAUAGCGGAUUGAUUGGCAUGCAGUGAUGUGAUGAUGUGAUUGGCACAGCAUUUGAUGAGAAAUUGGAGGAGGAAUUUGUAGAUAGUUCUGAUUUCUAGUAUUACUUUGCGGGGCCCCAGUUGAAUAUGAGUCAUUCUUUUGAUUGAUCUUCCAUAAACCGUAGAUAGACAUUAGGUUACAGCGUAGAGGAUGUUCGAUAAGGCAGAGGUGCACAUGCUGCAUUUCUUGAAUUCAGUAAGGCAAUACGGGCCCGUUGUUCGAAACUCCAGGUAGCUUACGUAGAG